UAAGCAAUUAAUUCAAACUUAACGAAUCCCUAUUUUUCACUUUCUUUCCUACCAAGAGCAUCUAAUUGGUGGGUUUUUCUAAGAAGUCUUUCGUCUGGAUCUGAAAAAUGGCCAAAUGGGUCUUCCCUUUCAUCUCUCUUUAGGGUUUGUGUCUUAUCCAAGCUAAAUUUGGCUAAAUGCCGCUUUUUUUGUCCCAAACCUGUCCCCUCUAAACAUUGCUUAACCCACACACAAGCUCUGUGACUAUAGCUCCAUUUAUUUGUAUACUGGUUUAUUCUGUGUUUUUGUGUUGUGUCAAAGGUGUCUCUGUUGAUUGGUCUGUAACAAACAAGUAAUAUAUAUAUAUAUGGCGAGAGAAAAGAUUCAGAUCAGAAAGAUCGAUAACGCCACGGCAAGGCAGGUCACGUUCUCCAAGAGGCGAAGAGGGCUUUUCAAGAAGGCUGAGGAGCUCUCCGUUCUCUGCGAUGCAGACGUUGCGCUAAUCAUCUUCUCCGCCACUGGGAAGCUCUUCGAGUAUUCCAGCUCCAGUAUGAAGCAAAUGCUAGAAAGGCAUAAUUUGCACUCAAAGAAUCUUGAUAAACUGGAACGACCAUCUCUUGAGCUUCAACUAGUAGAGAACAGCAACCACUUGAGACUGAGCAAGGAAGUGGCAGAGAAAACUCAUCAACUAAGGAAGAUGAGGGGAGAGGAUCUCCAAGGAUUAAGCAUAGAAGAAUUGCAGCAGCUAGAGAGGUCCCUAGAAACAGGAUUGGGCCGAGUGAUAGAGAAGAAGGGCGAGAAGAUUAUGAACGAGAUCACCACCCUUCAACAGAAGGGAAUGCAACUGAUGGAAGACAACGAGCGAUUAAGACAGCAAGUGAGGGAGAUAUCCAAUGCCCGAAAACAAAUUGCUGCCGAGUCUGAGAACAUGCUUUAUGAGGAAGGGCAGUCAUCCGAAUCUGUCACCAAUGUCAGCACCUCAAAUGGCCCUCCACAAGACUAUGAAAGCUCCGACACGUCCCUCAAGUUGGGGUUACCCUAUUCAGGCUGAAUGGAAGUGACACUGGAGUUUAUCAGCAAAGGAAGACGAAAAUGUUGUCUGUAACUAUAAAUUUGAUGGUUGUGCACUAUCGAAUGAAUGUAAAACUGACCCGAGUGUGUUGUGGAUUCAUGAAGGAUUGUAUCUUUGGGAGGUGUCAAUGGGACAAUUUAUUUAUUUA